AAAUUGAAUGCAGUGAGAAUAGAAUCUCUAUCUUAACGAGUCUUUACGAAUCAUUCGAAUAUUGUCAAAAUGAACUCGACUAUGAGAUUACGAAUCUUCGGUUUAACCAAAGAAGUGAACUUUAAAAGAUCUUUGAAUACGCAAGAGUUGAUCGAACGUGACAAUAAAUAUGGCGGUGUACAUUUCAAACCACUUCCAGUAGUUCUCACUAAAGGUGAAGGUGUCCAUUUGUGGGAUGUCGAAGGAAAACGGUAUCUCGAUUUUCUGGCAGGUUUUUCAACUGUUAGUCAAGGUCACUGUCAUCCACGCUUGGUAAAAAUAAUGAAAGAACAAGUGGAAAAGCUUACUCAUACAUCCAGAGCUUUUUAUUCGGAACCUCAUGGUGCAUUAGGAGAAUAUUUGACCAAACUUUUAGGAUGGGAUAGAUUUUUGCCGAUGAAUACCGGAGUUGAAGCAGGUGAUACCGCUAUCAAAGUGGCUAGACGUUGGGCUUACAGAGUUAAAAAGAUACCUACGGAUCAGGCAACCGUUGUCUUUGCGAAAGGCAAUUUUUGGGGUCGUUCAAUAGCUGCGUUGUCCGCAUCCACAGAUCCAAAUUGUUACACCGAUUUUGGACCUUACGUUCCUCGUUUUGAUAAAGUGCCGUACAAUGACCUCGACGCUUUAGAGAAAAAAUUCCAGCAGGAUCAAACAGUUUGUGCGUUUAUGAUGGAACCAAUUCAAGGAGAAGCGGGCGUCGUAAUACCUGAUGAUGGUUAUUUGAAAGGUGUACGAAAAUUGUGCACUAAAUACAAUAUAUUAUGGAUCGCAGACGAAAUUCAAACUGGUUUGUGUAGAACGGGUAAACGAUUAGCAGUAGAUCAUGAAAAUGAACGACCAGAUAUUCUCAUAUUGGGAAAAGCAUUGUCUGGAGGAAUGUAUCCUGUUUCUGGUAUUUUAGCGGAUGAUCAUAUAAUGUUAUGCUUGGAAACUGGCACUCACGGUAGUACAUUCGGUGGAAGUCCACUUGGUAAUAGAGUGGCCGUAGAGGCAGUUAAAAUUUUGGAAGAAGAAAAUCUUGCAGAAAAUGCGAAAAAACUUGGUGAAAUUGUUCGUAAAACAUUAGAAAAACUUCCGAAAGAUAUAGCGACAGAAUUUCGAGGUCGUGGUUUGUUGGGUGGCUUGGUAAUUAACAAAGAUUUUGCUAAAGGCUGGGAUAUUUGUUUGAAAUUGAAAGAAGCAGGUUUAUUAACGAGACCCGCUCAUGGACAAAUAUUAAGGAUAUCACCUCCGCUCGUAAUCACAAAAGAACAACUUGAAGAAGGUCUCGAUAUAAUGACUACCGUCCUUAGAAAUUAUAAAUGAACUUACCUUUAUUUUUGUUAAAAUAUCAAACUUCUUAAAACUUUAAAAAUUCUUAUUCGAAAAUCUAUGAAGAAAAUUAACGAUUAAAAGGUUAUAAAAGUAUA